AUGGAUGAAGAUGAACAAAAAGGAUACACCUGGGAGGCCGGUUAUGCUGAAGGUUAUUUUUUUGAAAAUUAAAUAGAAAAUUAUAAUUUUGCGUGACAUAAUACGCGGCAAUUUGGAUUGUUUUAUUUUUAAAAUUUUCAAGCGGCUGUGGCUUUUUUGAACCCCAAGUCCCUUAAAAAAACCAUUUCCAGGUCUGAAUAUAAAUGAAGUAUUGGUCGAAGAUGAAACGGGUUCAAUUGAAAAAUCGAUCGCAAAAUAUGUUGAAGAUUCCAAAAAACGGGCAAGAAUAAAAAAUCGACCGGAGAAAAUCAGACUAGGAAUUGUAAGAGCAUAUCUUAGAAAUUCGUUCAUUUUUUCCAACACCAUUCUUUUUCAGAUGAGACAUGUUAUGAUUGUAAUCGAUUGUUCUCGAUUUAUGACAUCAAAAGCGAUGCCACCAUCAAGAUUUGUUGUUGUAUUGAAAGCGCUCAAUAUAUUUUUGGAACGGUUUUUUGAGCAAAAUCCGAUUGCACAAAUUGGAUUUAUUACUUGUAAAGAUCGAAAAGCUGAAAGACUUUCAACAAUGACUGGAAAUAUUCGACAAUUGAAAGAUUCGCUGAAUUCGUUGACAGAAGCAUUUUGUGGUGGUGAUUUUUCGCUGCAAAAUGCGUUGCAGUUAGCAUGUGUCAAUUUGAAGUGAGUGAUUUUUUGGGGUUUGGAAAACAUGGGGAAUAAUGUAGGAAAUGAGUUAUGGCGUGGUAAAUUUUGAAAAUUUCGUGAAUUCUGUGACAUCUUCUGAAAUUUGCUAACAAUACCGAUGAAAAAUGUAGUUUUUGUCAAAAGUUUUUAAUAGUUCUGUCUUUUUCAUAGUUUUGCUAAUCAGAAUUUGAAUGGAAAAUGAUACUAAAAAAUGAUACCAAAAGUUAGCGAAGAAAAAUUGGUGUACCAAAAAUUUCUUAACAAAUUUUUUGGCAUACCACUUUCGGCCGCAGUUCAUCAAAAAAUACUUAUAUUUAUUUUUUCAGAGGAAUGCCUGGUCAUGUAUCCCGUGAAGUAAUUGUUGUAAUGGGUUCUUUAUCAACAAUCGAUCCUGGCAAUAUUUUCGCAACCAUCGAACAAAUGAAAAAUCUAAAUAUUCGAUGUUCUGUGAUCGGCCUCUCCGCUUCAAUGUUCAUCUGUCAAGAAUUGGCCAAAACAACACGCGGUGAAUAUUCGAUUGCCUUAGAUGGCGACCAUCUACAAAUGUUGUUCGCCAAACAAACAGCUCCUCCAUCAACUGCAAAAUCAACAGAAUGCAAUGCGAUUCGUGUCGGAUUUCCAACACAUCAACUCAUCACAACGAAAUCUUUUUGUGUGUGUCAUUCGGAUUCGAAACCAAUCAGUUCACGGGGUUUUAUUUGUGUUCAAUGUGGCUCGAGACAUUGUUCAAUUCCUGCCGAAUGUGUUGUUUGCAAAUUGACACUUGUUGCCGCGCCACAACUUUCGCGGGCUUUUCGACAUCUUUUACCGUUGGCACCAUUUACACAAAUUGAAGUUAGCCAUGGGUGAGUUUUUGAAUGUUUUGAAAAAUUGAUGGUCGAGAAUUCAGAAAAAUCAUUUAUCUGAAGAAAUUCACUAUUCCUUUUAUUUAUUGCUCUAAUUUUCUCAACAAUUUUCAACACUGAACUUCAUAUUUUUCAGAAGCUGUGCUGCAUGCGAAACUCAAUUAUCAUCCGAAGGAUAUCGAUGCGAAAAAUGUGAUUCGAUAUUCUGCCUGGACUGUGAUACACUUCUCCACGAGAGUUUACACGUUUGUCCAACUUGUUUUUAA